AUUGGUCAAUUUGCAGAGCCAGAGAGUUUAUACCACAAUCCUCAGCUGUAUCCUCAGAUGUUCCCAUGGUUAUUCCCAUAUGGCUUAGGUGGAAUGAACAAUUCUGCAAGCGGGUGUCGGCCUGUCUCUGAAGAGCGGAGAAAGCAACAGCUUCUGAUGUACCAUGAUAAGCGCUUUCAACUAGAGCCAUUAUUUCCAUUGGUUGCAUUAAAUCAUGAGCAGAUCAAAAAAUCCACCACAGCAGGAUAUUUGUUGGCAGACAAAAACAAGUUUGGUGAAAUAGCCAACAGGCUUCUGAAUAUCAAAGACUCGACCUUGGCAGACAUUAUUCAGCGUCUUAGCACUGGGUCUAUGAAACCAGAGACUGAAGAUGAAAAGGCUUGCUUCAAAAUAUUGAAUGACCUAGAUCAUGUCAAUUACAAGGUGCAGGGGUCUAUCACAAGCAAAAAUAUAUGCGCAAUGAGAUAUGGUCAUUAG